GGUUCCGGUGCCCAUGAGGUAGCUCACAUGCAUCUCUCUCUUCACUCAGGGCUGGUGCACAAGUGUCAGGAGGAGAAAGGCCAGCUGUGUUGCAGCAAAGGCCCUCCAGACACUCACCAUCAACCUGUUCCAUAUCUGCAAUGGCACAGCAGGACAAAGUCUUGAAAGAGCAAGUGUGCCUGCUGUGUCGCCGGGCAGAGGCGGACCCGGACAUCUGUGGCAUCAAGAGGGUGAAGUUCAGGCUCUGUGUCCAUAUCUACUGCCAGUUCUUUGCCAGCGGGCUUUUUCCACAAGAGAACUCGGAAGAAUUUUUUGUUAGGGACACCAGACGCGUCAUCCAGGAGGCAGCCAAGAAGGUGAGGACCUGGAAGGAGCAGGGAGCUUUGCACCAAGAGAGGCUCCUGGAUUCCAGGAAAGAAACCCCAGCCCCAGCACAGGCAACAGCCUCGUGCCCAGCAUUGUUUCGCUUGCAGCAAGAUGGGGGCCACCAUCACUUGCUGCAAGCCGGGAUGUGACCGCAGCUUCCAUCUGCCCUGUGCCCCACAGGGAGAAUGCGUCACCCAGUUCUUCGGGCUCUACAGGUCCUUCUGCUGGGAGCACCGCCCACGGCAGGCAGUGCAGGCCCGUCCAAGGCAGAACAACACCUGCAGCAUCUGCCUGGAUACCGUGGAAGACAAAACAUCCUACAGAACAAUGGUGUGCCCCGCGUGCCAAGAUGCCCACUUCCACCGGCACUGCAUCCAGAGACUGGCUCUCCACGCUGGCAUCUGCUUCCACUGCCCAUGCUGCCAGAACCAAGAGCUGUUUCUGAUGGAAAUGCUCACAAUGGGGAUCCGAAUCUCCAAGAGCAGACCUCCAUCGUGGGAGAGUGACCCAGCAGUCGGAGCAUUGGAUCAGAGGCACAGCCGCUGCGACGCCAGCACGUGCCUUUGCCCGGGAGGCAGGAAGCACACAGAGGAGGAGGGGCCCUGGGAACUGCUCCUGUGCAGCUCCUGCGCUGCAGAGGGCACCCAUCGACACUGCUCCUCUUUGGAGAGCAGCACCAGCUCCUGGGAGUGCAAGGGCUGUGCUGGCACAGAGACUGGGUCCACUGACAAUUCAGAGCUUGUCAGGCCCAACACCUCCAGCCAGGCAGCAUCAGGGCUGUGCCAUGCAAGCAGCAGCCUCUCCAGACACCCUGGGCAAGCCCAGAUCCAACACUGCACACAGAGACUACAGCAGGCACAAAACUCAGGCAGCCCCACAGUAAAACACCCAAGGAUCAACCGUGUGCCACUGCUGAGUGCUGAGACCAGCAGCCUCAGCACUUCCAGUCAGGCAGAGUCAAGGUUGUCCCAGAACACGUUGCCCGUCUGCUUUCCCUGCCCUCGGCAGGGCUUGAAGCGGCAGCGCCCAGAGCAGGACAACGAGUCCUGGACACCCUACAGCCCGCCGGCAAAACGCCGCAGGAUCUCCGAAGAGCCAGCCCAGAGUGCUCCAGCCAGCGGGCCCAGCAUCUUCAGUCAGGCAUCGUGGCUGUACCGCAGCAUUUGGGUGGCCAACAGAGCGUUAGCACAGUUACUACCACUGUACAGGCCAUCAUGGCUCUUCCCCAGCUCCGUGAGGGAAAACCACUCCCAGCUGGGGCCGGUUCGGAUGCGACACAUCUCACGGCAGCGGCGGCGGGUGAGGAAGCCCUACAGCCUGCCCCGAAACCACCGCAGGACCAGGUGUGCACCAGCCCCACAUGCUGGGCCCCCCCCACCACCACAGAAACACAAGAAAAAAGGAAAAUAAAAGUUCGUUUGCACU